AUGUCCUCGACCCUUGUUGUCCACCACCUGCGUGUCAGUCAAUCUGAAUCAAUCGUCUGGCUUUGCGAAGAGCUUGGUAUCGAUUACAAGCUGGUAUGCCACGACCGCGACCAGCAGACACUCCUAGCUCCUGAUGCCUACAAGGAACUCAGUCCGCUCAAAACUGCUCCUGUGAUUGAAGACGUCGACACUUAUACACCAAAUCAUGACCACAUCCGUCUAGCAGAGUCUCAGGCGUGCAUCGAAUGGAUCUGCAGAAAACAUGGCCAAGGACGCUUAUUGAACAAGCCUUGGGAUUCCAACUGGAAGGAGUGGCUGUUCUGGUAA